AUGACAUCCUCACCACCAAAGAAAACCUACCCAGACGCAGAGUACGAGGCAGCCCAUCAAGAGACAUUCUCGCCGCCCAGGGCAAAAAUACCAACCGUGCUACCGGUUGGCGUGACAGAAUCCGCUUUCAAAAUUGCAAUUGAGGAACUUAUUUCUGCGCUCGGGGUCGGUUCUGUUUUUGUUGGCGAGGCGUUGGCGCAUUAUGUCGAUCCGUAUGAUGUCUACGAGGAUGAGGAGUCGAGGCGGAAGGUUCCCAGUGCUGCAGUCACUCCUGCGUCCAUGGACGAACUGCGCCGGGUCCUUGGAAUCGCUAACAAAUAUGCGCUUCCACUCUGGACGAUCUCCAGAGGGAAGAAUCUGGGUUAUGGUGGACCUGCUCCUGUACUGAGCGGGUCGGUGACCCUCGACUUGCAUCGAAUGAACCGCAUUCUGGAAGUCAACGACGACCUCCAUUAUGCCGUGGUAGAGCCCGGCGUAACUUGGACAGAUCUGUACAACUACUGCGUCGAGCACAAGAAGAAAGUCUGGCCAAGCACACCUUCUCUAGGCUGGGGGAGCGUGAUCGGGAAUACAGUAGACCGCGGCACAGGCUUCGGCCCAAACUCCCUUCACCACCAAUGCGUCGCCGGAUGCGAGAUCAUGCUCGGCGACGGCGACAUCCUCCGCACCGGGCAAUUCGGCCUCACAAACUCUCCCUCCGCGUUUGUAUCCAAAUUCACAUUCGGCCCCUCGGUAGAAGGCCUCUUCUUGCAGAGUAACCUGGGCAUCGUAACUAAAAUGAGUAUCUGGAUGACGCCGCAGCCGGCCACGUUUAUGGCGUGUACGUUUAGCAUGCCGGAAUUCGAGGACUUGGAGGUCUUGGUUGAUACACUAGGCGUGAUGCGUCGGAACGGGGUUAUUCCUAGUGUGGUCUUCGUUGGGAAUGUUGUCGAGGCGCUCUCUAUACAUGGUCGACGGAGGGACUUUUGGAACGGGGAUGGGCCUAUCCCGGAUUGGAGGGUGAAGGAGCUUCAGAGGCAGCUUGGGCUUGGAUACUGGGCGGCGCGGUUCGGUCUAUACGGGCCGAAACGGAUUGUCCAGGCGCAUUUCGAUGAGAUACGUGAUGUUCUUAAAGAGAAAGCCCCGACUGGCGAGUUCACGGGAAAGCUCUUUGCGGCAGAGCUUGGGGAAUUGCUCGAUGCCAAGUCGAUUCCCUUUGAGGAUGGGAAUGUGUUCGUUGGCGUGCCCAGUCUGAUGGGCAUCCCGCUGAUGAGCUGGCCGCUGAAAGAGGACGGGGUUGGAAAGCCUGCGCAUGGUGAUUAUGCGCCGAUAAUUCCGUCGUCUGGAAAACGGGUGCUUGAGUGGAUGCGGCGCGCGAAGCCGCUCUUCGAAGCAGCAGGGUGCGAGUUGAUGACGGACUUCUUUAUGCAUGAGCGGCAUGUUGUUAUCAUGGGGAUGUUCACCUUCGACCAGCAUAGCGAGAAAGAGCGAAAGGCAAUGCAUGAGCUUUUUAUGGCACUGCAUAGGGAGGCUACGAAGGAGGGAUAUGGCAUGUAUCGUGGACAUGUCCAGCACAUGGAUUUGAUUGCGGGUUUAAAUGAUUUCAAUAACCAUGCAUACAUCCGAUUCGUCGAGAAACUGAAGGAUGCAGUCGACCCUAACGGCAUCCUCGCACCGGGAAAACAAGGUAUCUGGCCCCAGAGAUAUCGCCACUUGCGAGAUAAAUCUGGCAGCGAUGGAUCUAAGGCGAAGCUAUAG